AUGUCUCCCACAGCGCUCACAAACGUCGACACGGUCGAUAUUGUGGACAUCCGUAAGGAUAAUUUGGAUUUCUCGCUCGUCGACGAUAUCUACAAGAAUCUUGCACCACCUCCAGGGACUAGGCGUUCAUUCCCCACCCUCCUGCUCUAUGACGCCCAGGGACUCAAGCUAUUCGAGAAAAUUACCUACUUGGAUGAAUAUUACCUGACCAACGCGGAGAUCGAUGCAUUGAAAACCCACGCACAGCGCAUCGUCGAGCGAAUCCCAAAGAACGCUCAACUGGUUGAACUUGGCAGCGGGUCUGUUGUCCUUACACUUUUAAUCCACGAUCCCAGGAACUACGCGCGAUCGAGAAUGGCUUUGAGCAAUGUGCUGACACGGCUUCUUAGCAAUCUGCGUAAGAUUGAGAUUCUGCUCCGCGAGUGCGAACGGGUCGAGAAACAAGUAGACUACUACGCCCUGGACCUAUCCCUGGUUGAACUGCGAAGGACCUUCUCCGAGAUCAACCCGGAGAGCUUCACGCAUGUGGGAUUCCAUGGCUUGCAUGGCACCUACGACGAUGCUCUCGAUUGGCUCGACACUCCAGCGAACCGAACACGACCGACGGUCGUCAUGUCCAUGGGCUCUUCAAUCGGCAACUUUGAUCGUCCCGAGGCCACGGAGUUUCUCAGUGGUUUUGCAAAACUCCUGCAUCCAUCCGAUUUCAUGUUAAUUGGACUGGAUGCCUGCAAGACGCCAGAGAAAGUAUACAGUGCCUACAAUGACUCUCAAGGCAUUACGCGCAAGUUUUAUGAGAAUGGCUUGGCCCACGCAAAUGCAGUUCUCGGCUUUGAGGCAUUCAAACCCGGCGAGUGGGAUAUUCUGACCGGCUAUGAUACCAGCGUGGGGCGGCAUCAAGCAUGGUAUUCGCCCAAAGUCGAUGUGGCCAUCAAUGGCAUCAAGAUUCCAAAGGGCGAGAAGCUCGUCUUCGAAGAAGCCUUCAAAUAUGGCCGUGAUGAGCGGGAUGGUCUCUGGCGCAGUGCAGGAUUAAUCUCGCAAGUUGAGUUUGGGAAUUCGGCAGAUAAUUAUCAUGUUCAUCUGCUAUCGCCUGCUGCUCUCCAUGUGCCUAUGAAGCCUUCGCAAUAUGCGGCCCGGCCGACUCCGAGCCUGGAAGACUUCCAAUCUCUCUGGGCUGCAUGGGACAUAGUCACCAGAACUAUGAUCCCUCGUGAAGAGCUUUGGUCGAAGCCAAUCAAGCUCAGAAAUGCGUUGAUUUUCUACCUGGGUCACAUCCCCACGUUUUUCGCAUUGCGAGAGAAACCCACCAAGCCCAAAUCCUACCAGCAGAUUUUCGAGCGUGGCAUCGACCCCGACGUAGAAGAUCCAGAACAAUGCCACUCUCACAGCGAGAUCCCUGAUGAGUGGCCGCCUCUCGAUGAAAUCUUGGACUACCAAGAGAGAGUCCGGAAUCGAGCGCGGUCGAUCUUACAGCAGAACACAGCAUCUCAUGACCGAUGUCUUAAUGAGGCCCUCUGGAUCGGCUUUGAGCAUGAAGCAAUGCACCUGGAGACCUUUCUGUAUAUGCUGCUUCAGAGUGACAAAGCCCUCCCUCCUGUCGGCAUUGCCCAUCCAGACUUCACACAGAUGGCCCAACAGGCAAAGAACCACGCGAAGCCCAAUGAGUGGUUUCGCAUCCCGAAACAGACACUGGCUGUUGGGUUGGAUGACUCCGACGAGACUGUGAUGCCCAAGCAUUCUUUCGGGUGGGACAACGAGAAACCCCAAAGAACAGUUUGGGUGCAUUCUUUUGAAGCCCAGGCUCGUCCGAUUACUAACGGCGAGUAUGCCACAUAUGUGCAGGCCUCUCAACUUCAAACCUGGCCAGCCUCUUGGACGUGUAUCCACUCAAACCUGAAAGGCUCGAUAUCAAAUGGCGUUGGCCGCUCAAGUGCUUCUGCAGCUGAUGAUUUUCUGGACAGCUUCACCGUCAGAACUGUUUUUGGGCCAGUGCCUCUGAAGCUUGCCAAGGAUUGGCCGCUGGUUGCUUCUUACGAUGAAGUAGCGAGUUACGCCAAGUGGAUGGAGUGCAGGAUUCCCACCUUCGAAGAAGUCCAGAGCAUCUAUCAGUAUGUGGACCAAGUCUGCCAUCAGGAGUCAGGUCACGCUGCCAAUGGCCACGGGUAUGUACAGCUGUCCGCAUCUGACUUGGAAAUCAAUAUAACUAACUGCGGUACCAGCAAUGGAGUCAAUGAGCCCACGACAAAUGGCAUAAAGCCGCGCUCUCCCGUUCACCAGCCUGUAUCAGAUAAUUCUAGCCAAAACACGCCAGUGUUUCGGGACCUCGGCGGCUGCAACGUCGGGUUCCAGCACUGGCAUCCCACCCCAGUGACCCCCCACGGUGACCGGCUUGCGGGUCAGGGGGGACUGGGAGGCGUCUGGGAAUGGACCAGCACGCCACUUAUGCCGCACGAGGGAUUCAAAUCCAUGGAUAUCUACCCGGGAUACACCUGUGAGUCUGAAUCUUGUGAGGAUGGUCGAAGAUGA